CUCACCGAUUGAGAGCACAGUCUCCCUCUGUCUGUCCGUCUCUCUCUCUCUCUUCCUUUUCCAGUUCUCACAACUCUUUUUCCUUGCAACUCAUCAGACGAGAGAGAGAAGUAGACGCCAUGGAUAGGCUUCUUCAACCACCAUCCUCUUCUUCCAUACUCACCCCAUCCAAAUCCCAAUUAAGAGCACCUCCGUUGCUCCUCCGUGUCCACCGUCUCGACUCUCCCACUCUCACCUCUGCCUCCCCGCGCCGGGUGAGCUCCAUUUCCUGCCUCUCCCGCCACAAUCCUUCUCCGACAGCGUCUCCAGGAUCAAAUCAGGCUACAAACCUCUUGUCUUCCUCUCCUAAAGCCGACGAGUCCAAACCUAAUCCAGGGUUCCUCGAACGGAUCGUGAGGAGUUAUGAGCCGAGAAAGACGUUAUCAGCUGGAACAAUCAUACUAAUCUCUGCUGUGGUUGCACUUUUGCUUAACCCCAUUGUUGCGCCACCUGCUUUCGCUAGCUUCCAAGCCGCCGCAGCUAAAUCUAGUGGCGCUGCUGUUGGUGGCCUCCGGACCGAAAUACUGACAAGUGCGUGGACUGGUUUCUUUGCUGGUUGCUUGCACACGCUCUCUGGCCCUGAUCACCUCGCUGCUUUGGCUCCGCUCUCCAUCGGACGGACGAGGAUGGAGAGUGCUGCGGUUGGAGCACUCUGGGGGUGUGGCCACGACGCUGGCCAGCUCAUCUUUGGUCUGCUGUUUCUGCUUCUAAAGGAUAGGCUCCACAUCGAGGUCAUAAGGACUUGGGGUACGCGGGUCGUGGGCUUGACCCUCCUCGUGAUUGGCGCUAUGGGAAUCAAAGAAGCUUCUGAGAUCCCUGAACCGUGUGUGGUUACGUUGGAGAAUGGGGAGACGAAUGAGAAAAGCUCGAAGAAGAAAAAGAUAGGGUUUGCCACGUUUGCGACGGGGAUCGUCCAUGGGCUGCAACCAGAUGCUCUGAUGAUGGUGUUGCCUGCACUGGCUCUUCCUUCUCGGGUAGCAGGUGCUGCGUUUCUGAUCAUGUUCUUGCUUGGGACGGUGAUUGCUAUGGGGAGCUACACGGUGUUUAUAGGGUCGUGUAGCGAGGCGUUGAAGGAGAAGGUUCCUAGGAUCACUGAGAAACUAACAUGGGCGUCUUCUCUUGUGGCCAUUGGACUGGGAUUGGCAAUUAUUGUCAGCCAGUUCUUUGGAUUCAGCCUGUACUGAGACAUUUUAGAAGAUUUGAUUUUUUUUGCAUGUACCCAACAAAAUUUGUAUCUUGCUUCAGAAUCCCUUUUCCCGCUGUUUGGAUUUGGCUGUCCCUAGUUCUGUGAGCAUUCUAUAUUUCUAUUUUUCUAAGCAUUACCGAACAAUGUCAACCGUGAAUGUUUUAGAUAAUAUAAUGUAGGUGUUGCCAA